AAUAAUUUGUUUUUAGUGACCUCUGGGCUUGAGAAAAUAACCUCUCGUGUACGCGUAACUUAGUUUAGAGUUUUGGCCAAAAAUGGCUUCCAUCUGUAGAACAUUGGCGAUUUCUUCGAGCCUUCGUAAUACGAUUUUAUAUCCAAGUAUACGUGGCACCGCUACGAAAGUGACAUUGGGUGAUCCCGUGGAGCAUGCCACUGGCUUAGAAAAACGCGAACUGUUAGCAAAGUUAGCAGGCAACGAUGAUCCUUUUGAUAUGAAAGUGAUGAAGCGCGGACCCGGAACAAAGACUCAGCCAAAUCAAAUUCCUUCGGCGUACGACGCUCGUAUUGUAGGUUGUAUUUGUGAAGAAGACGCUACUUGCAUAAAUUGGAUGUGGCUGUAUAAAGGCAAACCUCGCCGAUGUGAAUGUGGUCAUUGGUUUUCGCUUGUUCAUAAAGAUCCAUUGUAAUAAUUUCGUAUGUAUCAUAGAAAGUAAUAUAGUUGUGUUUAAAUAAAUUUAUUAUCUGAUG